AUGACUUCUGUGGCAUCGGGCUCAGCACUUGCGCAGAAGUGGCGCGACACCGCCAAUCGCUACUCCGACUCGGAUGACGCGGACUCCCAGCACGAGGAGGGAGUCAGUGAACUCACCAAUUCCGUGGAGGAUCUCUUGGACUGCACUCUCCCUCCAAAACAUACAACUCUCCUACCGAACGGAUUUUCCAAAGGUGCCCAUCGAUUUCCGGUCCUCGAGGCUGAUAAGGAGGAAGAUAUCCAACCAAUGCUGUCGGAAUGCAGCUGCGAAGCGUCGACCUCCUCUUCCAUUGACUCCUCCUCUUCGCACAGUAUCAAUUCGGCGGUUGUUUCUCCGGCCACGCCUAAUCCAGACAUCUCAUGGCCUCGGCUGACCCCUCGUGUUGUCCAAAUAACCGAGCCAGAACACAUGAUUCGAACGACUCUUCGGCCAAGCCCCACUCGAAUAACAGAUCCGAUGCGAAGAUGGUCCGCAAUGUCCGUCACCUCUACCGGCACUAUUGUCCCAGCAAUGGACGCCACAAAUUGCGAUUGUACAUCUCUGGCAUGGGCAGCGCUAAGGUCACCAGCAUCAGUCAGAAGAAAGCAAAGAAGAGAAAAACACAGCGAUGACUCAUACAGGAAGAUCUCGGCCUCCAAAACUGGCAACUCAUCGACGGAUUCAGGCCUCGGCUCUUCUUCUGGGUCAGAGGACAGUCAUUCCGGGGUCUCAAAUCUCACGGCCAAACCUCCAAUUGUACGUAAACGACGACGAAGAUCUCUGAGUGUGUUAUUCGGUUCAAUGAUGAGGCUAAUGUUUGAUCCGAACUCGGUCCGAAAAGCCUCAAAAUCAACGACUGGCUUGAAUGUGAAUGGUUUAACGCAGGUAAAUAGCCAUUAUCAACUAAUUACUGGCAAAAAUAUUUGUGAGGUCUUUUCUUUCUUACUGAUCUCCGAGACACUUUAUCAUCUAAUAAAUUUCCAAUUUUUUGGCCGAAAAUUGGGGGUUUAUGCAAUGUUUUUUGAGCAUAUUAAGUCCUGUCCCCCGGCGAGAUUAAGGGCCUCACUUUAACGCCCGAACAUUAUAACUGAUCGAAUAAAUCCCGGCUCUCUGUCGUCCUGUUCUUGGCUCUCUCCCACGCGUCCGUCCCCUUCUCGACGGCCCUCUUCCUCCAGCACGCACACUUGUGCCCCGAGGGCCUGUUGUGGGUUCGUACGUGGCCUGAAUGCCAUCGAUCGAUCCCGGUUUUCUACGAGUUUUUUUCGCACUCAUCUCGUCUUAUUUUUGCCACACUACCUUUUUCCCGCAUUAUUCCUUUCGUUUGGGAGAUCUUUUGGAUUUUGUCUUUGGCCGCCGUUUCCGGUUGAAGGAUCGCACUUUGAUAUACAAAAGUUGGGUUAACUUGGGGCUUACGGGUCGAUAAUCAACAUCCGGUUAAAGUAGACAGACCUUUUUGAUUAUCUGUCUACAACACCGUGAUCUGAAGCUCGAGGCCAGGCCCGUCCCGACCUCGCGGAAGUCGGGCAUGUGAUGGUGGUGGCCCUGUCAACCGAUUGGGCACCACACCCCGGCAUCCUGGCUUCCUCAUCAGCUUCAGAUGACCCGAAAAACCUCACUUUCCCCAAGAUCUCGAUCGAUCGAUCUCAUAGCCGUUCAAAUUCCGGUCUUAAAUCGUAUUCAGAUUCCUCUAAGCUCUAUUCUGGAUCUUCUAAAUCCUAUUCUGGCACGGCCAGUAGCUCUAACUCUUAUUCAGAGCGAUCUAAUGGAUAUUCUCCAUCGAGUAGUUCAAGUAAUGGGUACUCUUCGGGUGCUUUCAAAACCUCUUAUUCUGGCUAUUCAAACUCUUCUAACAAUUACUCUCGAUAUUCCACCCCAUCUUUCGUAUCUGUCCGACAUUUAUUUAACAAUCGGAAGACUACACCGUCGUACGGGUCCAACAAUCUUCUGACUCCGACUCUGGCCUCCUCACUCUCCACCAAUACUCUCACUUCUCGUCGAUCUCCAGCUCCGUACUCCUUCCUCAGCCGGGAAAAGUCCCCAUCUCCAUUGGUCAGCUAUGGAAGUGGAUCGAAUCUCGUUUAUAAUCCACCAAUACUUUCGGCCUCACUUCGUCGACGAAUGAGGUCCAUGGGCUUCGGGAAAAGGCAAGGAAAAGAGGCCGAAAUUGAGGAUGAAGAAGAGGAAGAAGAAGUGGAAGAAGAGGCGGAAGAUGAGGAGUAUGAAGACGAGAGUGAAUUUGAAGAUGAAGAGUGGGAGGACGAGUCGGAGGAAGAAGCGGAGGAGGUCAACAAGGUUUGUUUCGGGUCUAAUCAGUGUCAUAAACUCCAGCAAACUAUAAAAACCCCCAAAGUAUUUACAUGUUAAUCAACAUAAAGUUACGUAAUCACCGCUUUUAGAGACUAAUUGCAAUCUUUUCAGAAUGAUCUGGGCGGAUUCUCGCCGAAAUGGCGCGGCGACGAUGCGAACGAAGCGAGUCCGUUGUCCCGCCUGUCCCAGGAGAACGUGGCCAAACUCGAGACCUACACGGACACGAAGCACACUUUCACGUAAGUGCUUUCCUCCAGACAUUAAAGGGUCCGGCGAAUAUAUAUUUAUUGCAUUCUUCAGGCCCAGAAGUAUGUUCUCGGGCUUGGCUCUCCAAGUGCUCUAGUGUUUAUACUUGGCAACGCGGCCGGGAUUCGUGUUGAACCCUGUUGUCUUGUUUUGUGAAUUUUGAAUUGUUUUCGGAACACUUUAAUGUUGCUCUUCUGCUAUUUCAGGACCGUCGACUCGAAGCCCUUCACUCCCAAAUCGCCCGAGAUUACCUCCCCGACCCCGAAGCGAGAGCCCUUGACGGAUUCACUCCGAGCGGCCAACCUCAAUGACUCGGUGUCCACUGGCUCCAUCUACUCUCCCAAUCGAUCCCUCGACUUCUCAUUCAAAUCUCAACCCUCUCCCAAAAAGGAGGCACCUUCCGCUCUACCUGCCCCAAAACCAUCAAAACCCGAUAUCCAGAAGCCCUCGUUCGCUGGCCGAUUCUCGAAUGCCCCCAGAUUCCACUAUCCUGGCGGUCAGCCGAUUCCUCAACCCAAGAACGACGCUGUCCGAGAGACCGUCAGACAGUUGUUCCACUCCCAACCUCAACAAGUCCUCGAAUACAAGGACAUGGAUAAACUUUGUCAAGCCAUCGACAUGGCAGUUUACGCUAAACGGCCCAUCUACGAAGCCUGUAUCAGACUGAGCGGGCAAAAGCUGAAUCCGGAAACAACGCCGGCCUUGACGUUCAGCCAAUUCCAAACUUAUUGGCAACUGAUGACCCUGGAGAAUCAUGAUGAAACUUCUCGAUUCAUCUACACCUUGGCUGCAGCGGCUACGGGCGAAAGGAAGCCGAGGAAUUAUCUGAUCAGAUCGGACUUUAUGAGCAUGUUAAUGGAUGUGAUCCACACUUAUCCUGGGCUCAAUUUCUUGGUUAAUUCCACCCAAUUCCACUCAAAAUACUGCGAGGUCGUAGUGGUUCGGAUCUUCUGGAAUGUGAAUAGGUCUUGGACAGGAAGGAUCACUGCUUACGAACUGAGGAGAUCCGACUUUUUGUCCACUCUGAGGAUGCUCGAGACCAUCAGUGACAUCAAUAAAAUCACGGAUUACUUUAGUUAUGAACACUUCUACGUUGUCUACUGCAAGUUCUGGGAACUGGAUCAAGACCACGACAUGGUGAUCAGUCGUGAGGACAUGAGACAUCACUGUUCUGGCGCUAUCCCCGACGUUGUAAUCGACCGCGUCUUCAGUGGAGCCGUGGUUAGAAUGCCGCCGGACUGCAGAUCGUACAAAGGAAGAGGACCUUGUCGAGAUCAGCCCCUAGAAACUAUAGGAUUCGAAGAUUUCGUGGCCUUUUUGUUGGCCGAAGAGGACAAGAAACACCCGACCAGUCAGGAAUAUUGGUUUAGAAUACUCGAUCUGGAUGGAGAUGGAGUCUUGUCGCUGUAUGAGAUGGAGCAUUUCUAUCGAGAGAUUGAGCGCAAAUUGACGCAACAUGGAUUUGAGACCUUGGCCUUCAAGGAUAUUGCUUGUAAUGUAAGUUAAACGACAUUUUUCUGAAAUUUUUAGUUAUUCUUGGCUAAACUUUGGAGUAUAAUAAUAUAAGAUAAGAUAAUAAUUGGAUUGUUUCAGUUAUUCGAUUCAAUUGCCCCUUCAACGAAGGGAUGUGUGACUCUCAAGGAGUUGAAACAAUGUGGACUUGCCCAUCGAUUCUUCAACACCUUUGUGAACUACUUGAAAUAUCUUGAACAAGAGUCGUCGGAGGGUGAAAGGGCCUCGGUUAAGGUGAGAAAACUGAUCAUUUUUGUCUUUUAUUUAUUACAUAUGACUAUUUAUUCGUUUUCAGACGUCCGGUGACAAAGAACUCUCGGAUUGGGACCAAUACUGUGCAAUGGAAUACGAGAUCUUGAUGAGCGAGACCGAUGAAAGCUAUGCGGACGAGAAUAUGUAAGUUGUUUUGCUGUAAUCUAAUGUUAGAACUUUGAAGGAAGUCUCAUCCUGUUUAUGAGUUGAAAGCAAAGAAUUUGAGAUGGAAUUUUAGUAAUUAUUUUUGUUUUUUAUUCACUUUGCGCUUUUUAAUGGGCUUGGUAGAAUUAACUUAAAUUUGAGAAAUCUAAAGUCGUUUUGAGGCAAGAUAGUCGAUAACGUGUAACAGAAGUAAAACACGACGAAUAUUUGGCAUUAUUUUUGUGAAUUUUGACAAAAGUAGUCAGUGAAUGCCAAUUAUAAUAUAACUUUGUUGUAGUGACGUCGUCCUGGACGAUGACGAGACCGAAGAAGAGCGUCCCGGCCAUGCGCAGCCCUGA